AAUAUCCUAUCGAUCUCUCCCCAACCCAAGCGGCAACAGCCAGCCCACCACCGCUUCCUCGCUCUGAUGUUAAGUCCACCGCCGGUGCCAUUUCUCCCUCCCACCACUUCCCGUGCCCCCCCUCUCCUACCGCCGCCCAGAGCAACAAACCCUAACAGCGCCGACCCCACGACCACCACCGCCGCCGGCAUGGGCGCGGCCGCGUGGUGGCGGCGCUCGCUGGGGCAGCGGUUCAACCCGGCCGGCGUGGCCGCGGUGGCGGCCGUCGCGGCGUCCGAGCCGCGCCUCGCGCUGCCGCACGUGUCCGUGCAGGACAUCCGGUGGCUCGACUGGGGCGAGCUCCGUCGCGCCGGGUUCCGCGGCGUCGUGUUCGACAAGGACAACACCCUCACCGCGCCCUACGCGCCCGGGCUCUGGCCGCCGCUCGCCGCCGCGUUCGACCAGUGCCGCGCGGCCUUCCCGCCGGGCUCCCUCGCGGUGUACAGCAACUCCGCAGGGUUGAAACAGUAUGAUCCGGAUGGAUUAGAGGCGACGGCGAUUGAGGCUGUUAUCCAGGGGGUUCAUGUGAUCAGGCAUGAUAUAAAGAAGCCUGGUGGAGAAGCUAAGGAAAUAGAGAGUUACUUUGGUUGUUCAGCCUCAAAUCUUGUUCUGGUUGGUGAUCGAUACUUUACUGACGUUGUUUAUGGAAACAGGAAUGGUUUUCUUACUGUUCUUACAGAACCAUUGAAUUUUGCAAAUGAAUCUUACAUUGUCAGACAGGUUAGGAAAUUUGAAGCAUACCUUAUCAGUUAUUGGUACAGGAAAGGGCACAGACCAAUUAAGCACCCGUUGCUCCCUGAUGCAAGACGAAUAGUAAAGUUUGAUCCAUACAAUGACCCUAUGGCACCUGCAGCAUAGCACAAUUAUGUUUUUGGCACCAGUUAAUAGUACAGUCGGCUGAUCCAUUGAGUUCACUGUAUUUUUUUUUCUGAAUCAGUAUGAGCGGAUGUUUACAGUCUAUAGUUGAGCAGAAUAUAGAGAAGAGUAUGUUAUGACUAAGGUUGUCUUUUGGUGGCUUUCUGAAUCAGUAUGAGCGGAUGUUUACAGUCUAUAGUUGAGCAGAAUAUAGGUCAAGCUAUAUUGUGCUUAUAGUGUAAGAUCAUGAUGGCUUUUGCUGGGUUCAAAUCAAUAGUUCAUCUCUCUUUUGAUUA